CUUGAGGAUGCAUAUAACGAGGCUAUCCAACGUAUAGACGGCCAACUAGACGGAGAUCAAGCGCUAGCUAAGAAAGUACUGUCGUGGAUUACGUACGCAAGGAGACCGCUUACUACAGCAGAGUUGUGCUGUGCCCUAGCGGUGGAGCGCGGAGAAUCGGAACUCGAUCCUGAUAACGUGCCAGACAUUGAGGAUUUGCUAUCUGUGUGCGCCGGUCUUGUUGUUAUUGAUAAAGAGAGCGCCAUUGUUCGUCUUGUGCACUACACUACGCAAGAGUACUUUAAGCGUAUUAGUGAGACAUGGUAUUCCGGUGCUGCGCUGCACAUUGCUCUGACAUGCCUUACUUUCCUAUCGUUCGAUCUGUUCAAAACGGGCAGCUGCUUCUUUGACGAAGAGUUUGAAGAAAGACUGGAGGAAAGCAAGCUCCUAGACUAUGCUGCUAAGUAUUGGGGCAAGCAUAUU